AUGCCUGCGGAACCACCGGGAGAUGUCGAUUACUCCGCUGCCCUGAGCCAGGAAACCAGCCUGGAGAGUGCUGUCACGGUCUCUGUGGAGAAAGAGGUCGUUCAUGUUGAAGAAGGCGAAAUCACCUUGCAAGAUAGUGCACUCGAAUCGGGUGACUCUCUUGACAAGGAUGACAGCCUCGUCCACUGGGAUGGACCCAACGAUCCUAAGAACCCCAUGAACUGGUCCAGUCUCCAGAAAUGGAUCACCAUCGGAUUGAUCUCCCUAAGCAGCUUCAACGUUUCUAUGGUAUCCACUGUCUUUGCUCCUGGCGUCCCAGACGUGUUGAAAGAAUUCAAUAUUCACAACUCAUCCAUAUCGUCUCUCAUGAUUUCCAUCUACGUGAUGGGGUCUGCCAUUGGGCCCCUGGUCUUGACUCCCCUCACUGAGAUCAGCGGGAGGCUUCCUAUGACCCACAUCGCCAAUUUUCUUUUUGCCGUGGCAGCGGUGGUCUGCGCGGCCAGUGUGAACACGGGCAUGCUCAUCGGCUCCCGCUUUGUCAUGGGAAUAGCUAGUUCCGUUCCAGUGACUGUCGGCGGCGGGUUCGUUGCGGAUAUGAUGCCCAUGGAAAAGAGAGGAACCGCGAUGACAAUCUGGACCGUCGGACCCUUGAUGGGAAUGGUCACAGGCCCCAUCUUUGGAGGCUUCAUCGUCCAGAAUGUCGGAUGGCGAUGGACCAUCUGGCUUGAAGCCAUUCUGGGCGGAGUCAUCGCGGUUACUUCGUUGAUCUUUCUCCGCGAGACCUAUGCCCCAACCCUUCUUCAGCGCAAGGCAAAGCGACUGCAGAAGAAGACCGGACGUUACUACCGCACCAAAUACGACACCGACAAGACUCUGGGCCAGAUCAUCUGGGUCUCGCUCAGUCGCCCCAUCAAAUUCCUCUGUCUGUCGCCAAUUGUCUUGAUUGUUUCUCUCUACAGCUCUGUCACCUACAGCUACAUGUACAUUUUAUUCACGACCUUUACGAGCGUCUUCGAAAACGUCUACGGCUUUACCCCGGGCCAAGCCGGCCUUGGCUACCUGGGGCUGGGUCUUGGUUUCUGCUUCGGACAGAUCACCGUGGGAUACUACUCGGACCGCUAUCUCAAGAAGCAGGAAAGACUCCACGGAUCAAUGAAGCCGGAGCACCGUCUGCCCCCGUUGGUGCUGGGAUGCGCUCUCGUCCCGAUCGGUCUAUUUUGGUACGGCUGGGCCGCCGAAUACCGGGUGCACUGGAUUGUUCCCAUCACCGGGACCUUUUUCGUUGGGGCGGGCAUUUACUAUGUCCACCUGGUCACCCAGGUCUAUCUCAUUGACUCGUACACACUGUACGCCGCCAGCGCGGUGUCUGCAGAGCUGGCUCUGCGGUGUAUCUUUGGGGCUACGAUUCCGCUGGCGGCUGAGCCUUUGUAUGAUGCGCUGGGACUGGGGUGGGGGAACAGCCUGCUCGGGUUUAUUGCGCUUGCUUUUGCGCCGAGCGCAUUCUUCCUGCUCAAGUAUGGGGAGCGGAUCCGCACGAACCCCAAAUUCCAGCCGCGGAUGACAUGA